AUGACUAAAGCAGCACAGUUGCUGAUCGCCCACGUGUUUCUUUCUGGAACGGUACUCUGUGGAAACAUUUUGAUCUGGCCAACAGAAGGCAGUCACUGGUUAAACAUCAAAACUAUAAUUGAUGAGCUAAUAAAGAGAAACCAUAGUGUGACAGUAUUGAUAUCAACAGGAGCAGCUUACAUUAAUGCAAAUGAUAAGUCCCACUCAGAAAAGUAUGAGAUUUAUAACGUCUCUUAUGGGAAGACUGAGAUGCUAGCAAUAAUUGAUGACUUUGUUAAGCUCUGGAUGUAUGAAAAGCCAAACAUGACCUUUUUUCAGUUCUAUGAGCGUUUCAGCAAUUUGGUGAGUGAAGUCAAUCUGAUGAUUAAGGAAAACUGUAAUUCUGUACUUAAAAACCAAGACUUAAUGACAAAGCUGAAGUCAAACCAAUACAACAUAAUGAUAUCAGACCCAGUCACCAUGUGUGGGGACCUCAUAGCAGUGACACUGGACAUACCAUUCAUUUAUUCAUUGAGGUUCACACCUGCCUCAGCAGCGGAAAGGCAUUGUGGAAAACUGCCAUCCAUUCCAUCAUACAACCCAGCGUUCUUGUCAGAACUGACUGACAGAAUGAAUUUCUCAGAACGGAUAUCCAAUAUCAUCUCAUAUCUGGUGCAAGACUAUAUAUUUUUCUCUCUUUGGGGUCAAUGGGAUUCUUACUAUAGUGACAUCUUAGAUGCAAGUCAUUUCUUAAAUCAGAUAAUAAUUUUGGAGGAACUGGCACGUAAAGGACAUGAUGUGACUGUGUUAGUCCACUCAGCAUUUAUGAUUGUGGGCGUGGAUAAUAUCUCAUCUUUGAAAUUUGAAAAUUUCUCUGUUCCAUUUACAAGAGAGAAGAAUGAAAAGUUUUUGGAUCGGUUUUUGGCAUUUUGGAUUUAUGAAUUACCAAAAAUGUCUUAUUGGAAUAUCUAUGAAAAGACUAGGAAGUUUAUGGCAGAACUGCGGGAACAAGAAGAACAAAUAUGUAACGGUGUAGUGAAGAACGAAUCACUGUUAAAACAACUGAAAGAGAAUAAGUUCGACGUUUUGGUUUCUGACCCAAUGGUACUGUGUGGUGAACUUAUUGCUGAGCUCCUUGGAGUGCCUUUUGUCUACUCCAUUAGGUUUUCAAUGGGUAACUCAAUGGAAAGACUAUGUGGUAAACUCCCAGCUCCAUUUUCCUAUGUUCCUGGCUCUAUGGUGGAGCUCACUGACAAUAUGUCUUUUGCGGAAAGACUAAGAAAUUUGAACUUUUACAUAUUUCAAGAUAUCUUAUUCCAUCUACUCUUUUCAGAACAAUGGGAUGGGUACUUCAGUGAGGCAUUAGCUUCUGAUUUGGAAGCAGUGGGACAACUAUUACAGCUAUAUCAUGGGUGA